CACUCGAACUUGCAACGUUCCCAAGCGUCGCCGCGUGGGACUCCUCGGGUCGCGGAGCUGCGCGACGCGCGGACAGGCGCCGCUGGAGGGACAGGUGCGGGACCGGCGGCGCGGCGCGCGACUCACGAGAAGCUGAUCAGAUGAUCUUCACGGGGGACGAAUUCGGACGUAACGCGAAAGCCGAGCCCUUCUCGGCCGUGGCUGGUGGGAGUCGCUCUGACGCCCUGGCGCUUUGACACCCUGCACGGCAGCAGUUGCGGCUUCAUCGACUAAUUUGAAGAGGCGGUUGCUAAGGGAUGGCGAGCGGCGACAUCGUUCGGAACCUCUGAUGCCCCUUCGCUCAAACCCGGCUCAGGGUGGCUGUUCUCAUCCCCUGCCGAAUUCCCGCCCACUUGAGGAGGGGGGCGUUUGGGACGAAUCACGCUCUCGCGCCACUUCGGCAGGAAAGGAGACGGGUCCCGGUUCCGACCCAAGCGACACAUGCGAAGCGGCCCAGGGCAGAGGGAAACGGACGGCAUCAUGACAGAGCCCAGCGGUGCCCGCGUGGGCAGGGCCCCCAGGGGGGCGACACGCGUCAAGGAGGACUGCUUGGAGGACACCGGCAGCCCGGCCUGGAGCUGCUCGCGACGGACCGAUGCCCGGCGCGCGGCCGUGCUCGAGAAGACCCAGGAGUUCUUUCAGACCUGUGACAUCGAGGACAAGGGCUUCAUCACGCGCAGGGACAUGCAGCGGCUUUACGGCGAGCUUCCCCUCAGUGCCGACGAGCUGGAGAACGUCUUCGACACCCUGGAUGCUGACGGCAACGGCUACCUCACCCUGGAGGAGUUCUCCAGCGGAUUUAGCGAGUUCCUGUUUGGCAGAAGGAUCACGAUGUCGGAGGCGACCGAGAAUCACCCCCCUCCAGGGGCCCUGUAUCAGAGGCAGUGGGAGGAGAGGUUGGCUGAGAAUGAAGACGACGAGGAGAAGCACUUCUGCAUGCUCCUGGAGAGCCUGGGAGCCUGCAACGUUUUCGAGGACCCGGGAGAGGUGCGCAGGCUAUGGACUCAGCUUCGGCGGGACGAGCCCCACCUCCUGUCCAACUUUGAGGAGUUCCUGGCCCGUGUCACUCUGCAGAUCAAGGAGGCCAACCAGGAGAAGCAUCAGAUGGAAAGCGCCCUCAAGAGGAAAGCGGCGACUCACGAUGACGAGCUGCAGCGCCUCUAUGAGGAGAUGGAGCAGCAGAUCAAGAGCGAAAAGGACCGCAUCCUCCUCCAGGUGAAGGACUCGGAGCGCUUCCUGACACGGAGCCAUGACCUGGAGCAGCAGCUGUCCGGCAAGGAGCAGGAGCUCGAGCAGCUGAUCCAGAAGCAGAGGAGGCUGGAGCGCCAGUGCCGCGAGUUGCACAGCGAGCAGCAGGAGACGCGGGUGGAGAACGUGAGGCUGAAGCAGACCAAUGAAGAGCUGAUGCGCGAGCUGGAGCACACCUGCCAGCAGCUUACCUUGGCCCAGGAGCAGCUAGAGCUGCUGCAGCAGGAGGGCAACCGUCUACAGGAAGAGCGAGAGAUGGAGAUGUACCGGGUGACAGAGGGGCUGCAGAGAGAGCGAACCAGCUUGCUCAAACAGCUCGACCUGCUCAGGGAGAUGAACAAACACUUGCGAGAUGAGAGAGAUAUGUGUUAUCUGAAACCCAAGAACUCUAUCAAGAUGUCCUUCUGGAACCAGAUUUCUGGAGCGAUGCCUCUGAAGUACAUGGAAGGAGGACAGGACCCGAAAAGUGAGGAUGAGGUAGACGUCUCCAAAUCCUCCAAGAGGAAAACCUUGGCAAGAGUGAAUGGCCACGGGCCACUUGUCAGCCAAGACAAUGAGGAAAGGCCCCCGUCCUCACAUGAUGCAUACCUCCAUCGGGUCAUCUCUAUUGAGGAAGACCCCCUGCCACAGGCGCUGAGGAGCGAGAGCCGGCCAACUCCUCAGUGGAGCAUCGAGGAAGAGGAGGAGGAGGUGGAGGAGGAAGCCAGCCAGGAGAUGAGCAACAUUUACCUGGAUUCAACCCUAGCUCCCCCAGCAAACGAAGCCUGGACAACUGCCGUUAAAGGGGACCCCCGCCCCAGCGCCAGUGACACCCCCUCGUCCCCACGGGGGCAGCCUGUUGGCAAGGAGACCAUCACAAAUGAGGAGGCGGCAGUCUCGACCCCCGACCGCCUUUUCAAGAUCGUCCUGGUGGGGAACUCCUCGGUGGGCAAGACAUCUGUGCUCCGGCGCUUCUGCGAUGACUGCUUUCACCCGGGCACCUUGGCCACCGUGGGUAUUGACUACAGUGUAAAAGCACUAAUGCUGGAAAAGUGCAAGGUGGCUCUGCAGAUGUGGGACACAGCCGGGCAGGAAAGGUACCGAAGCAUCACGAAGCAGUUCUUCCGUAAGGCAGACGGUGUAAUCGUCAUGUACGACAUCGCCUCUCAGCAGAGCUUCAUGGCUGUGCGCCACUGGCUGGAGAGCGUGAACGAAGGCGCAGGGGGGAACAUUCCCAUCAUGCUCCUUGGGAACAAAACGGACCACGAGAGCAAGAGGGAGGUCCAGACCAGGGUGGCCGAGAAGUUGGCCAAGGACUUCCAUCUGAUCUUCUAUGAGUGCAGCGCCUCCACAGGCCACAACGUGACAGAAGCCAUGGUCCAUCUGGCCAGGACCCUCAAAGAGCAGGAGGACCAGGAGAAGGAGAAGACGAUCCAUUUGGCCGAAAACCCCUCGAAGAAGAGGUCCUGCUGCUAGGAGCCUUCGAGCUCCAAAACCUCCACGGCAAACAGACGGGCUGCUCUGGACGUCCUCGCCGAGCAUAUUAAAAUGACAUCAGUACCAGGAGGAUAUAACACGCACCGUUUUGUUGUCACAUUUAGCCAUUUGCUGAGAUUCGCCAUCAUCUCAACCGUUCUAAAUACCAACGUCCUUAGCCAUGUCAAACAGUGAGGUCAGAUGAGGGAGGGGCCGACGGGUACAUCUGAGCAGGAGAACGGCAGAAGUUUGACCACGAGUGUCUGAAAACGUUUCAGACCUUUGGACUACGUUUUAAAAAUGGGUUUGACUAAAGAAACAUCAUCCAUGAAUUUUCCUCUCAGUUAAAAUAUUACAUUAAGGCAUUUUUCUGACACCGAGUUGAAGUGGCACAGGAAUCAUUUUUACUUGACGAUGUGGGACGGUCAACGCCAGUCACUUGGGUACAUAUAUACCCCAGUGUAAUGGGCACACGCGCACACACUGAACUGCUUGUCCCAUAGGGGGUCAGAGGGAACCAGAGCAUAACC